CAUUGGCCAGAGGACAGCAGCAGCAGCAGCAGCAGCAGCAGCAGGAGGAGGAUACAUCCCAGAACCGAACUGCCAGAGCAUCAUGGUCGUUGUGAGAACCGCAGCUUUCCUGUGUCUGCUGCUGGGCGUCUCGCUCCAGGUGGACGUGAAAAGUGGCAAAGAGGCAGGAAAAGCCGGGAAUUUCAUGGAAGACGAGCAAUGGCUGUCCACCAUCUCCCAGUACAGCCGGAAGAUCAAGCACUGGAACCGCUUCAGAGACGAAGUCGAGGACGACUACAUCAAAAACAUGGAGGAGAACGCCGGUUCUGAUGAGACCGUGGACACCACCAAGGACCCGUGCCAGAAUGUGAAGUGCAGCCGCCAUAAGGUGUGCGUCGCUCAGGGCUACCAGAGGGCCAUGUGUGUCAAUCGCAAGAAACUGGAGCAAAGAGUGAAGCAGUCGGGGCAGCUGGAGGCCCACGACGGCAGCUGCAAGCCGUGUCCUGUGGCCGCCUCCUCACCUGUGUGCGGCUCUGAUGGACACAACUACGCCUCAGGGUGUAAGUUGGAGCAGCAGGCCUGCCUCACAGGCAAAGACCUCAGUGUCAUGUGUGCCGGGUUCUGCCCCUGUGCCACGACUCCUGGUACCGCCACAAACUCCGACACCAAGCGAGAGAGCUGCACCGGCCAGGACCUGGCAGACCUGGGCGACCGCCUGAGAGACUGGUUCCAGCUCCUUCAUGGCAACGCGAAGCAGAACAACUCUGGCAAACCUGGAGCUGGCACCGCUUCAGUGCUGGACAAGAGCCUGGUGGCCAGCUGCAAGGACUCCAUCGGGUGGAUGUUCUCCAGGCUGGACACCAACAGCGACUUGUAUCUGGACCAGGCCGAGCUGGCCGCCAUCAAUCUGGACAAGUACGAGGUCUGCAUCCGACCCUUCUUCAACUCCUGCGACAGCUACAAGGACGGGAAGGUGUCCACGGCGGAGUGGUGCCUCUGCUUCUGGAGAGAAAAGCCGCCGUGCCUGGCUGAGCUGGAGAGGAUCCAAGUGCAAGAGGCGGCCAAGAAGAAGCCUGGGAUGUACAUUCCCAGCUGCGACGAGGACGGCUACUACAGGAAAGUGCAGUGCGACCAGAGCCGAGGGGAGUGCUGGUGCGUCGACCAGCACGGCGGAGAGAUGAUGGGCACCAGGAUCCAUGGCAACCCCGACUGCGAUGAAGUGGCGGGAUACUCUGGAGACUUUGGCAGCGGCGUGGGAUGGGAGGACGAGGAGGAAAAGGAGGCGGAGGAGACCGGGGAGGAGGCGGAGGAGGAGGAAGAGGAGGAGGGCGAGGCAGACGACGGAGGAUACAUCUGGUAGGACCGUCUGAGCCCGCACAGGAGAGCACGGCCGCUGGCCUGGAAGUCUGCAGGCAUGGCUCUCUCCUCGAAGCAAAAGAUUCUGGGAUCGGACUGGGGGAGGCGUGGACAUCGUCCCGGCGGGAUGUGUGGUGCUGGGGCAGGUCCAGCCGUGACAUGAUGACCAGUUUUUUCGUCUUAGAUAUGUGUAAUUGCUUCAUUCUAUUCUCUGUUUUUUGAGCAACAGAGCUUUUUUUUUUUGUUGUUUUCGUUUUGUUUUGUUUUGCUGUCCCCCUGACAAGCGGGACCCACCGACUACUGCGCCGUAGGUAGCUAGAGUCCAUCAGAAUUCCUAUCUCGUCCGACCGCCAUCUAUGCAUAUAGAGAUUACCAGUAAUUUUGUAUUGUGUGAACAGUUGCUUGAGUAUUAGAGAUGCCGUCCCGCUGGAAUGACUAGAGAUCAGAAAUCAACAAACGGUUCGACAUUUCGGCAAAUAGUGCUUGUUUGUUUCCUUGCAGGAGGUUAGAUAAGAAGAUCAAUACUUGGUGCUUGCAUAAAGACCAGAAAGCUGCAGAGAAAUGGCUGCAGAAAGCAUCUUAUACGCUGUUUGUUUGGGUUUCCGUUAGAGUAAAAAUGCCAGACUAGUCAUUAAGUCACUGAGAGGAACAAUCUCACACCUGUCACAAUGGAAAUAGACAUUUCUUUACUUUAUGUAUAAAUUAAACUAGAAAUAUAAAAUGACUACAGUGCAGCGAAGCAUUUAGCAGCUUAAGAGCCCGAUAGCUCCCUCAGGAGUUGAUAAGAAACCAAAUCAUAACUAAAAAGGAGUAAAUAUUGGAUUUACAGAAACACGGUGAUGAUGAAUAAUAAUGUCUGGGUGCUGUGUUCACUCCGUCAGCCGGUGGUUUUGUUGUUCUACCGCCUGAACUGCCCCCCAAAGAACCAACUUAUUUCAUGGUGAUGAACGGGCGACUCGCUGCAGAGCAAACGAGCACAUUUGCCAAAAAAAAGUCAAACCAUUCCUUUCAAAGCAGUUCAGCACAACGCGGUGUUUCAAAAAAAACAAACUGAUCUUGUAUAUAAAUCCAGUGUAAACGAGCUGCGAGGAUUUCAGGUUCCUGUGGUUUCAGGCGACAAGAAAAGACGCUCCUGGCAGUUUUUAAAUUGUACAUGUUUUAUGAAUUAACUGGACACACACACACACACACACACAUCUAUACAGGACCUACGUUUGUAGUCGGAUUACUUUUAUGACAAACCUGUAGAAUGUACUGUAACCACACAAAUCUGCACCCAUCGUAGAAACCACUAGUCCUCUGCUAACUCUCAUGUCAAAGAAUGUGCCACAACUUUCUGCGUUUGCAACUUGAAAUACUGUAUUUUGUGUUUAUAUAUAUAUAUAUAUAUAUAUACAUACAUUUAUAUAUAUAUAAAAUGUGCAUUACUUGAAGUUCUGUGUGUAUACUUGAAUUUGCACUGUAUUUUUUUUUCUUUCUUUGUUUUUUUCUAUGAGAAUAUCGUCGUCUCCAUCCACGCUAUCGAUAGGCCAGACAUUUGUUCGUUUUUAGUAUUGCAUGUUAGUGAUUAAGAAUGUACUUCUAGGCUGAGCACUUUACUAAUAAAGGCACCGGAGCCAAGUUGUA